AUGCGGCCGUCAACAGUGACGAGUCUCCCUUUCCUGAUAUUUUCCUCCCUCUCGAUCUCUCCCGGAACAGCCAACCUGAAUGGCAAGAACCCUUCUCUCGAAAGCCAUGCACUAUCGCACUGCAUAGCAGCAGAUAACAGCUCUUCGGCGUCUGGGACGACAUUCUUCAUUUCGCCCUUGGUCAACAAUGGCUCUACCCAACUUUCCUGGACGCUGGGCAUCCACAUCCAGAACAGCUCGGACGACACAGGACGGAACAAACUCAUCCAGAUCGAGAGGGAUUUCUAUUUUGGCCUUGGCUCAGAUCCUGGCUCUAUUCAAAAUGCGUCCUUUCGCGCCUGCAGUAUCUUCUACCAUGGUGCCUCCGAGCCUCUCUACUCUGACGCCAACCCGGACGGUCGACGUACUCAGGAACUUUCCGACGAUUGCGUUCGAGAUCUGACGGCCCUAGUGAACAAUACUGCGCAAGAACUGAUGCCCCAGAAUGAUGGUGAUCUAUCGAAUGUGUCCUUUACCAAUCGGAAUACGUCCAGCACAAGCAGCAGUGGAAACUGCCAUUCGUCGUCCGGCGGCGACUAUAACCUCACUCUCGUGGACUCGAACAGUUUCGCCAACGCCAAUGGAUCGACUAAUCUGAAGAAUAUGGUUCUGGGUGCCACGCCGAUCAUCACGGUCUUCUAUCCAGAGUCGAACUUGUCUCGGCCUGAUAUCCAAUACAUGGCUCUGAAGCCAGAGGACACCAGUAACUUGAUCGGCCAGGUCAGCGGCUCGUUGGCCUCGGGUUUUACUGCACCCUCCAUCGGAGAAGAAGUACUCGGUGAAGGCCACCAAGAAGACAUCGCCUAUUCUCGGCAGCAAGAUCCUCCUUUGGAUGGGGAGCCGUUCGAGGCCCUCGCUGCCUCGAGUAGUGGCAAGUCCAAGUACUAUAUGCUGGCCGAUCAUAACGGUCCGUCGGAGCUGAACAAGCUGGUACCUCAGAAGGCAGAAUUCUCACUGGAAGACGACGGCGGUUUGCCCGCUAUUGCUUGGAAUCUUGGACGUGAUUGA